GGUGCACUUAAUCGAACUCCCUCAGUGUGGCUGGGUGUGUGUAGCGAGAGAGGGCACAGGGUGGCCCUCUAAAUCAGGGUAGAUUCAUUUACAUUUGCAUACCACAUCAAAUUAAUGAAAGGGGAGAUCUAAUAAUUAUUUCUCAGUAUUGAGUGUUCUGACGUGAACUCACUGGGUUGUCGGAUAAGGAAAAUGUCAGAUCCCACAGUGGCUGAUACUCGCCGGUUAAAUUCAAAGCCUCAGGACCUGACGGAUGCUUAUGGUCCCCCCAGCAAUUUUCUUGAAAUUGACGUUUAUGACCCACAAACUGUUGGAGUCGGGCGGAACCGUUUCACAACUUACGAAGUCCGUAUGCGGACAAACCUGCCGAUUUUUAAGUUAAAGGAUUCCAUUGUGCGAAGAAGAUACAGUGACUUUGAGUGGUUGAAGAAUGAGUUGGAGCGAGACAGCAAGAUUGUAGUGCCGCCCUUGCCUGGGAAGGCAUUGAAGAGACAGCUACCUUUCCGUGGGGAUGAAGGCAUUUUUGAAGAGGCUUUUAUCGAAGAGCGACGUGUGGGUCUAGAGCAGUUCAUCAACAGAAUUGCAGGUCAUCCUCUCGCUCAAAACGAGCGCUGUCUUCACAUGUUUUUGCAGGACGAGAGCCUUGACCGUAACUACAUUCCCGGAAAGGUAUGAAGUAAGUUUGACUGUUUAUUUACUUUUUAAACACUAAAAUCUUUUGGAAGUCAGAUGAUAGCAUGGCCACAAAAUCUUGUGAUGUUAGUGACAGUUCACAUAGCUAAUAUAUCUGUGCUGCUUAAUUAGUAUAAAAUAAAAUAAAUCUGACCUGACUUUACACAAUGUGUGGAACAUCUCUUUCACUAAUGGAAAGAUGAUAUCUGAUCAUAUGUGGCACAAUUGUUUGGGAUCCCAGAUCCAGUGAUCCAGAGGCGAGAUGUGCAUAGCACCGGCCAGAACCCGUCUGAUUUAUCACCUCGUCCCGAUAAAGCAUACAGAGCCCUAUCCCCGUCGCAGCCGCAACCACCUCUGACAGCUGCCUCUGUCUCUCUAAUGCCUUGUAAUGUAUAUACAUGUAUAUUCUUCUAGAUACAACAACAAAACCGGUUCACGGCCCUCCCCAGCCCUAUAAUGUGUGUGUAGCUAAGCACACUAAAUGGGGUGUGUUACAGGGAAGUUAGUACAUAGUUGCAGAUUUACAAAUAAACAGAAAUGAGAUUUUCUUUAAAAAAAUAUGUAUCUGACUGAAUUUUCCCCCUAAAAAAAGCAUUGCAUUUGACACUGUAGUUGAGUCCACCUCUGUAUCAAUUCCAGCUAUGCCUCAUCUGCCCAACCUCCCAGCUACAUUUGUUUCACUUGUCUUUGUCCCUCCCUCAAUAAAUGAUUUUCUUCAAUGAUUUAAUCCACAAAUCACAAUCUCUCUCUAAUGAUCUUCAUCCAUAGAAGACUGGCUGUGUCUACGUGUAAAGUAUAUAUGAUAACCUAAUAGAAAAUACAUAGCUGUUUGAGAGGAAAUUGUUAUACUCUCUCUGCCCAGCAUAGCCUAAAGGAUUAUAUGUUCAUGGUUCUGUCAUUCCAGUUAAUGGGUUACCCAUUUUUUUUCACACAUCAAUAAUGAAAAAAUACCUAUUUCUGUCAUUCCUUCUGGAGAUGUUUCACUUUUUUAAUAGUCUGAUUUCAUACCUUUAAGUUUUCAAUCAUAAUGUAUCUCUGUCCCUUGUUACCCACAGUAACCAAAAUUGUUUCUCCAAUUGUAUGAUUAAAAUCUCUGGAUAUCAGUAAACAAUGGUACCUUCCAAAGUUAAGCAAAAUGUAGCAUCAUUGGAAAAAGGUUUUUUAAAGGGAGAUCUUCCCAUACUUUUCCUCUAACAUGACAUUCCAUGUUUCUUUGCAUUUUCCAUUGAAAUAAGAAUUUGUGGCUUUCCAACAUGCUCAUGCAGUUAGAUUUUUCUAUUAUGAUUACUUUUUAUUAUCAGAUUUUUUUUGUAACUUUGUUUGCCUUGAAUUGUUCAUUAUCAGUCUUUGCAUCGUCUUCAGUCUGUUUAUGGGAAUGUAAUGUCAGGUAAUCAAACCACUGUGAAAACAAGGGGCUGAUGAAUAAUCCACACAUUUUUAUUGAUAAAGAAGCUUUUGGCAUGAAGUUUAUUGACCUAAAGUAUUUCUUGAAUGCCUUUUUUGUCGUAUGUAUUUUGUCUUCAUUAUUAUCAUGUACAUUUAAUCUCCGUUUUCAGAAGAGCUGCCUUGUUUGUACCAUAAAUAAAAUUCCCUCUACCUGUA